AUGAUGGGUUGUUGUAUUCAUCCAUCUGUUGUAGAGGCUGCUCUUUGCGAUCCUCCAGGUGUACAGAAUGAUAUGAAGGGUCUGAGAGACAGUUCUUUGGGAUUGUCAGCCUAUGAUGUGAUUAAUAAGGUUCAAAAUCAAAGUGCUUGUUUGAACGAGAUUAGAAAGGGUUUGACUGAUAAGAAUGCCAUGACCAUUGUCGAUUUUACAAGUGCUUGUUUGUUGCCACCAUCAAAUCCAAGUUAUGCCUCUGAACCAUGUUGUGGUGGUAGCUCUCAACAAUGUUGUACUCGAAGAACUGUGGCAAGUGCAGUUUGGGAUGUUCGUUCGAAUGGUGCUCUCUCUUGUAUUUCAGACGUUUCCUUUGAAGCUGGUUUGUCCUUCACUCCUGUGGAGCAAAGAGCCUCUUUGUGUUCCUCUGGUUCUUUGGAUGAAAUGAUUCGUCGUGAAGCUGAUCAAGUGUAUCAAACGGAUGGUUGCAAAUUUGAUGGUUUGAAUCCUGUCGCUUUUCUUAAUUGUUUGGUCACUAAUCCUGUCUAUGGUCCUUAUGUGUUGCCAUCUUUUGCUAAGGGACUUGGUAUUGCUGCCAACUCGACUGCUUCUGAUAUUUUCGCAGCCAUGCAAAGUCAAGGUCUCCUCAUUGGACAAUGUUUUGAUCGUAAUACUCAAAUGGUGGAUCCAACAGUGAAGAGUCAAGUGAGUUGUGAGAGUGGUGUUCCAGAUGUUUGUCCAUUCAAUGAUUGCUCAUCCAAGAAUCAAACUUGUUUUGCUUGUAAAUCUCCACUACAAUGCAAGGACUAUCCAGUCGAUGAUUAUGGUACCCAUUUGGAUUCUGAAAUGGCUUGUCUUGACACUGUUUUGUGCGGUGCUCAACAACAUGUUGUUUCAGUUGCUGAAUGUGACUUGUCUCAUGAAUGUAACAUUCCAUGCUUCAACUGUACCGAUCAAGUCACUUGUCAAAAGAGUGGAGUAUGUAAUGGUUGGAUCUCUCAAAGUCCAAUUUGUGCUGUUCCAGUUGUAAAUAAUGCAUGCCCAGUGGGUUGUAAUUUGAAUGUCAUGAUCAAUAUGUGUAAUUGUACAGGUUCUGCUGAUCUACCACAACAAUUCAACGUUACCAUGAACAAUAACUUUAUGGUUCCAUUGAACAAUGUAAAUAAUAACAAGUGUAGAAGCGGAUAUUUCGAACUAGUUCCUCCAAGAAAUGUAAAUGAAUGCUCCCAGUAUAAGGUUUGCCGUUUUGGUCAGAAUUCUUUCCUUCCUAUCACUUCUUGCACCAAUAUGAUGUGUUCGAAUGGUGGUCCAACAGAUUCAUUCCAAUGGAUUCAAGGACAAUGGCAAAAGUCAAUGGCUGUUCCUUUGUAUUUUGCCAACAGAACAAUGGUUCAUCAAAGAGAAUGGCGUUGGACUCCAGUCACUUCAAGUGGUGUCUUUGACUUGAUUAAUUUCAACAUGAUUGCCUCAAAGAGACAAGAUUUGGUCAAUAUGAAAAUGAAAUGUCUCACCAACUUCCAUGAGAGUGUUGCAACCUUUGUUGCUUGCAAGUGUACUUCUUACAAGAGUUCUCCAUGCGAUACCAUGAGUGGUCCUUUCACCUAUGUUGAUAAGGUUCUUGCGUUGAUUCCAAGCUAUAUGCAAAACAGAACUGCUUUUGACAAUUUGCAAAAUGGUUAUGUGAUGGUUCCUCCACAAUCACAACUCGUCAAUAUUACCUUUGUGGAUGUAAUUGCCUCAUUGAGAAGUCCAAAGAAUGCAAUCAACAUUUACGGUUUUAACAAUACUCAAAUUGGUUCAAUUCUUGGACAUGGUAUUUCUUUCAAUACUCCUUUAAAGAAUGUGAAGGUGUGUUUGAAUCCAUAUCCACAAUCCACUCCAGUCAUGUUGAAUGGUCUUCCAGUGGGUAUUGCGGUUCAAGACUCUGUCUCUCUCAAUCCAUUGAAUGUUCCUGCUUUCAUUGAAGGUAAUUCUGUGUGUGCUAAUUUGGAUGUUGUUCCUGGUGUUUUCUAUUAUCCUUAUCUCAUGCUCUCUUCCGUUUAUUGUAAUGGUAUUGCUGCAACUGCUCCAAAUGUUUGUUCUGGUUUUGGUAAAUGUGUGGCUCCAAACACUUGUCAAUGUUAUCCUGGUAGAUUUGGCAGUAACUGUGAUGAUACUGCUCCACCAAGUAACUCAACCUUCAUUUGUAAUGGUAUUCCUGCUUACUCUGCAAGUGUCUGUUCAGGUGCUGGUAAAUGCGUUGGACCAAACAUGUGUCAAUGUCCUCCCGAUCGAUUUGGUUUCAAUUGUGAAAACUUUUUAUGUUUUGGAAAGUCGAUUGGUGCUUGUAAUUCAAAUGGUGCUUGUGUGGCUCCAAACACUUGUCAAUGCAAACCUAACUUUGCUGGUCCAGAAUGUGGUGUUUGUGCUGCUGGAUAUACUGGAAUGUUUUGUGAAAGACCAACUUGUUUUGGUGUGGAUUCAUUGAACAAGUAUGUCUGUUCAGGAAAUGGUGCUUGUGUGGCUCCAAACAAGUGCCAAUGUAAGAAUGGUGCUUUUGGUGAAAGAUGUGAACAAUUCACUUGUGGUGAUGGUUCUAAACCACCUUGUUCUGGUCAUGGUAUUUGUAUUGGUCCACAAAUGUGUGCUUGUAAUGCCUCAUCGACUACUGGUUAUUGGGGUGGUGCUAAUUGUGAAAUGUGUCAACCUUCUUACAGUGGUGCUCAAUGUACCGAUCGAUUUUGUUCUGCUGAUGCCACUUGUUUUGGAAGAGGUACUUGUAAUCCUGAUUACACUUGUACUUGUACUGGAAAUUUCAAUGGUCCAUAUUGUAGAACUUGUAAGGAUGGAUUCUUUGGUCCAUUCUGUAAUGUCACUUGUGAUCCUAUGAAGACAUGUAGCGGAAAUGGUGUUUGUACUUCCAAUGGAGGUUGUAAUUGUAAUUCCAACAACUUGUUGGGUAUGUUCGCUGGUUCCUCAUGCUCUCAAUGUCAAAGUGGAUGGAUGGGUGCUAAAUGUAACAUUUACGUUGGAACAAGUGCCACCUUUGGAAGUGAAGGUGAUCGAAUUCGAUUCUCUUUGGCUUUCCCAUCACCAACCAACCAAAUCGAUUGUACUGCUAUUUUCAGUCCUCAAACCUUAGCCAAACUUGGUUCCUAUCCAAUGUGUCGAUGGGAAGAUCGAUCCAACAAUUUGUUCCUUGUCGUUUUGGGAGGUGCUUCAAGCUUGAUGCCAGGUGAUAGUAUUACUCUUCAAAAUGGUGAUUUGACAAGAACUUUACCAGUGAGUGGAUCCUUGUCACUUCCUACUCCUGUUGCUCUUUUACGUACUCCAAGAAACAUUUCAUCAUGCAGCACUUUCUUCUUUGAUGCUUCUGCUUCCUAUUCCUUUGAUCGAAGACCAAUGUCAUUCUCUUGGUCAUUGACUGGUCCUGGUUCACUUACUGCUAUCAAUGCUAAAUUAGCAACUUUGACUGGUAGUUUCGGAUUCUUUGAUGCUUCAGCACUUUCGACUGGUACUUACACACUUUCAGUCACUGUCACCAGUGCUUUCAAUUAUUCAUCCACUGCUACUUCAACCUUUGGUGUUUCGGGUACUCCUACUCCUAUUGUUCGUAUUCCUGGUGGUGAUUCUCGUAUUGUGAAUAUGGGUUCAAUCUUUAGCAUUUAUCCUUAUGUGGAAUAUCCAUCCUGUUACUACUACGAUCGAACUCUCAUUUGGACUUGGACUCAAGUUUCUGGACCUGCUAAUGCACAAAUGACUCUUAGAGAUUCGAACAGAGCUUUGGUGUUCCUCCAAAAUGCAUUCUCCGCAGCUGGUGAUUACGUCUUUAGUGUUAAGGCUGUUUCUGCAGUUUCUGCUUCUUCAUUCUACGAAACUCAAGUCACUGUGACUGUGGUUGCUCCUGAUCUUGUCUUGUUAGUUGAAGGAGGUUAUUAUAAGCAAGCUUCUACAUCCAGCCAACUUGUUCUUGAUUUAUCAAGAUCAUUCGAUCCUGCUCAAGCUUCUGGUUCUGAAACAUUUACAAUUACCUGUUUUGAUGCAGUUGCAGCUGCCGCUUGCUCUCUCAACACUGCAAACCUUGUGGUCAACAAGAAGGCUGUCAUUAGUGCUGGUUCUCUCUCUGCUGGACAAUAUACUUUCACUAUUACUUAUAGCAAGGGUUCAAGAAGUACAUCUGUCAAUGUGGAUGUCAGCAUGGUGUCCUAUGUUGUAUUGAAUCCAUAUAUUAGACUUGGAAGAUUCGAUUGGAUUCCAAGCUCUGUUCCACUUGGUGUCAACGUUCCAUUCUUUGUUGAUUUGAUUGGUUUCUCUCCUAUGAGUGGCCCAGUUUCAUUCCAAUGGUCAUCAUUGACGGAUGGAUUUGAAUUGAAUUCUGACACAACUGUUACUGGAGUUAAAAGUCGUUCAUUGAUCAUUAGAGGAGAUUAUAUUGCUGCAGGCGUUGAAUAUCAAAUCCGUGUCGAUGUCAGUGCUGGUGGUGCUACAGGUUAUGCUGUCUUUGUUUUCAGUGUGAACAGUCCUCCAAUGCCAGGUUCAAUUACUGCCUCUCCUUCCACUAGUUCAGCUGGUAUGGAUCCUGUCACAAUUACAUGCGACGGAUGGUAUGAUGCUGAUGCUCCAUUGACUUAUCAAUACUAUUACUAUGACUUGAAUCGUGGUGUUUGGAGAAGCUUGUCAGGAAGAACUACCGAUAACCAAAUUACUACCAAACUUCCACCAGGAUAUGGAAUCAACAAGAAGAUUAGAAUUAGAGCUAGAGUGUACGACUCCAAGAAUGCUUACAGUGAUAUUGAAGUUUCUGUUGUUUCUAACCCACCAGAUUUGACCAGCGGAACUGCUGCUUUGAAUUUCUUGAACCAAAGUUCCACUGCCACUGAUUCGACUGCUAACAGUGUUGCUGCUUUGAGUACUUUGGCAAACAUUCCAAAUUCUGCCAUGAGUGCCAAUGUGGUUGCUCAAAUUAAGAACUUCCUUGUGAAUGUGAUUACAUCCGUGUUGGCUCAACGUUCUGCUGUUGCAGUGACAGUUGAAGAUGCUGCUGAAACCAUUUCAUUCUUGACCACUGCAACUUCCAAGUUGGAUCUUGUCGAUUCAAACACGAGAGGACAAAUGUUGCAAAGUACUGCUUCAAGCUUGAAUGCUUUGGCAAGUUCCUCAAAACCAAUCUCUCCUGAUCUUGUCGAUUCGAUCGUUGUCUCCUUGUCAAGCUUCAUUAAGAAUAUUAUGGGAACUCCUGCAGCAAGAAGUGUCAAGACCACUGCUAGCGAAGCUCAAAGCAUUAUUGACAAUGCCAACACUUUACAAACUGCCAUGAUGAAGAGUUUAGUUCCUGAUCAAAAUGCAUCUGUUUCUGCAAGCACUGACUUGAUUGCCUAUGCUCGUAAGAUUUCAGUGUCAUCAAGCUCAUCCUUCUCGGAUACUGUUUCAUCUCCAGUUGCAGUUUCAUUCUCUUCAACAUUUGCAUCUGCUGUUUCAUCAGUCACUACUCUUGGUAUUAGAAUUAAGCAAAUGUCUAACCUUUACAAGUUGAUCUAUCCACAAUCCAUUAAUAUUCUCUCACCAUUGUUUGAAAUUGUUUUCGAUAAUGAAGAUACUGGUGCUACUGUCUCAGUCUCUGGAACAACAAUGACCAUCACGAUGGGUGGAAGCUACACCAAUACUGCUACAUCUUACUAUGUCUGCAACAUUUGGAAUAACUCAACGAAGGUGUUCAGUAAGGAUACUUCUUGUACUGUUCAAGCUGUGACCUCCACCUCCGCAACGAUUCAAGUGACAAAAGAUGGUACCUAUGCUCUCAGUCAAUACACUGCUCCUGCUACUGCUUCAUCUCCAAUUACUCCAAAGACCAGCAAGUCCACCACCAAGCCAAAGACAUCGGUCGCAGCAUCGACCACCAUGGGAUGCUCAUUGUUGUUGAUCGUUGUAUCUAUCUUGUACACUUUGUUUAUGACUCUUUAA